CGGGCGCGGGGUGGAGCAUGCGGGGAAUCCUGGUGUGGGGCGGGACCUAUACGGAGGACUCCGUCUGGGCCUCGGCUCCCGCUUCUGGGAUAUGGCACCUUUCUGUGUGUGCAAGUUGUGUGAAGUACUGGUACCAAGAUUUCCAUGCAUUCGACCUCUCGGGAGCCACUCGAGUGCUUGAAUGGAUUGGCGACAAAGGAAUCUUGGUUGCUGGCUAUGAAAGCCUGAAAAAAAAUGAGAUUCUUCAUCUCAUACUGCCUCUCAGACUUUCUGUAAAAGAAAACCAGGGCUUAUUCCCUGAAAGAGAUUUCAAGGUACAGCAUGGAGGAUUUUCAGACAGGUCUGUCUUUGAUCUGAAGCACGUGCCAGACACCAGGUUGCUGGUGACCAGUGGCCCUCCCGGGUGUUACCUGCAGGUGUGGCAGCUCGCAGAGGACAGUGAUGUCAUCAGAGCUGUCAGCACCGUUGACGUGCACGAGAGCGAGGAGCCUCUUUGGCCCAGGGUGGCCGUUUUCCCAUCGGUGGCACCCGGCAUCCUCCACGGCACGAGGCUCAGCAGCCUGAAGGUGGUGGAUCUGGACUCACAGAAGACCACGUACACCUCAGGUGUCAGUGACGACGAUGUGCUAAGUAGCCUGCAGGUCCUGGACACGGACACCUUCGCCUUCUGCUGCUCCUCAGGCCGCCUGGGGCUGGUCGACACCCGCCAGAAGUGGGCCCCAUCAGAGAACCUCGGCCCCGGCCCUGGGUCUGCUGGAAGGCGGUGGUGUGCAGAAGCUGGGGGCCGGGGCCCUGGGCCCAAUAUUGCCCGCCUUGGCUCAGACGGGCAGCUCUGUCUUCUCGACCCCCGGGAUCUCUGCCAGCCCGUGAGCUCAGUCCAGUGCCCCGUGUCCAUGCCCAGCCCUGAGCCAGAGCUGCUACGAGUGACUUGGGCCCCCAGCCUGGACAACUGCUUGGCCAUUUCAGGGUUCGAUGGGACAGUCCAGGUCUAUGAUGUCACGUCUUGGGCUGGAGUGGGGCGACAAGUGGAACCUCUCUUCACUCACAGAGGUCACAUCUUCCUAGACGACAGUGGGAUGGACCCUGCCCCGCUGGUCACUACCCACACCUGGCACCCCUACAAACCAAGGACUGUGUUAUCGGCAGCCAGUGACGCCUCUCUGCAUGUGUGGGACUGGGUGGACCCCUGUGCCUCUCGCUGACACCAGCAUCUUUCAGCCCAGGCCCUGGGAAGCUGCUGCGGAGCAAGGAGACAGAUUCAGGCGACCGCAGAUGGCCCUGCUACCAGCUGAGUGGCUGAGAGCAAGUUAACCAGCCUGUCAGCCCGCCCCAGUUUCUUUAUUUAUAAAAUGAGGCUGGUAAUAACUACCUGGCAGGGCUGUUGGGAAACUUAGAAGUAAUACAUUUUAAAAUAACUGCUAGGAUGCAUGGCACAAUAAAUAUUUGGUAACUGCUCUUAGCUCUGGGAGCCCCAUUUCUCCCGAGUGCAGAAUGGCAGUGUUUUACCCUGUCCGUAUUCACAGUAUGGAGAGUCUGAAGAGCUAAUAACUGUAAACGGGUUUUGUGAAGUCUUUUACAGAACUGAAAUGUAUUGUGGUGGUGUGUUA